AUGUCCAUCUUUGGCCCGUUCAAGGCAUUGGCCCUGCUCCGCUUCCAGCCCGUCAUCGUCGUAAUUUGGUCUGGCGUCAUCGCCUUCUUUACCAUGUACAUCAUGGAUGUCUCCGUCUUCGGCAAGGCCCUCUACAAUUUCAGCAUUUUGGAGGUGGGUCUUGUGUAUUUAGCACCGACAAUCGAGUACGCUAUCUCGUCAACUUUUGGUGGUCGCUGGAUCAACCACAUCAUGGUUCGUGAGCCAACCAAGCCCAAUCGCUACGAUGAUAACAGCAUGAUCAAGUACUUUCCCGAGGACCGGAUGAGAGAGAAUAUCUGGCUGGCUUUGACACUGUAUCCAGCCUCGUUGAUUUGGUACGGCUGGUCCGCUGAAAAGGGUGUGCAGUGGGCGGUCCCUUGUGUCGCCUCUAUCUGCUUCGGGCUCGGCAUGAUGCUUGUCAUGGGCACUGUGCAGACCGCUCUGACGGAGUUCACUCCCAAGAAAGCAUCUAGCGGUGUUGCUGUGGCAAAUUUUGUGCGAAAUAUCCUUGCAUGCACUAGAGCCGUCGUCACUCAACCCAUGCUCAAUGCGAUCGGCAAUGGAUGGAUGUGCACUAUGAUUGCUCCGAUCGCGUUUUUCAAGUCCAUUGCUGGCGUUUCAUCGCAGGCACCUAGCUCUACUGGUUUGCAGGAGUUUUUCCAGCUAUAUCAGCCAAUAUCGCUCGAUUCCAGUGGAAACGGCAACUGCGAUGUCGACAUAUUGCUCAUGGAUCAUGUUUUUGGAGCCAGUUAUGGAGCACCGUUUGUUGGCGACUAUGAGCCUCCAAACUGCGACUUUGAUACUGUACGAAUCAAUCUCACAGUCACCUCCCGGGGGAAGCAAUUUGACCGCCUGGCACUCAUGUACCUCGGAGACAAUGAAGUGUUCCGGACUUCAACGGCAGAGCCGACAAUCAAUGGGAUCGUCUGGACUUAUGUCAAAGAGAUGUCACAGUAUAAUUCACUAUGGAAGAGUCCCCAGAAGCUGAUAUUUGACUUGGGAAAUAUCAUCAACGACAUUUAUACCGGUUCGUUCAAUGCCACGCUAACCGCGCACUUCUCUGGAGAACACAAUGUCAAAACUGCGGAUAUGAUUCUUCCAAUCUCGGCCAAAAAGUCGGCAUCAAACUCUCCAAGUGCAUUCCAGCUUCCCACAGACAACACAACAGUCAUGUACGAGAUCCCUGCUGCGGCAUCGCGUGCUGUUGUGUCAAUAUCGGCAUGUGGACAAUCAGAAGAAGAGUUCUGGUGGUCCAAUGUCUUUUCUGAAGAUACCCAAGACUUUGAAAGCACUGUCGGUGGGCUAUAUGGGUACACUCCUUUUCGUGAAGUUCAGCUCUAUAUCGAUGGGAUCCUUGCCGGCCUUGUCUGGCCAUUCCCUAUUAUCUUUACGGGAGGCGUGGCUCCGGGAUUCUGGCGUCCGGUUGUUGGCACUGAUGCAUUUGAUCUUCGACAGCCGGAGAUUGAUAUUUCCCCAUUUCUCCCCAUGAUUCAAGACGGAAAGCAGCACUCGUUUGAGAUCCGGGUGACUGGUCUGGAUGUCUCGGCAGAUGGGAAGGCCACAUUUGCCAACACUGUCGGCUCAUAUUGGGUUGUCACAGGAAAUAUCUUCAUAUAUAUCGAUGACGACAGCUCAGCCUCUAAGGGAAAUGCCACUCUUGACAAAAAUGGACCUACGGUGGAUGCUCCCUUGCCUAUGUUUGCUGUGACUCGGAAUCUUAUCUACAAUGAGACCGGCGGAAAUGAUUCCUUGUCGUACUCUGUGGUUGUCGAGCGAGUUUUCAGAGCAUCCUCUUCUCUGUACUCGUGGUCACAGACACUAUCCUUCUCCAACCACGGUCUCCUCAACCAGCAAGGAUACAGUCAAUUUAACAGACAAAUUACAACUGGCAAUAAUACCAUUACCGAGCUCGGAGACACACCCAUCUCAAACAGCAUUGCGUUUCAGUACCCCCUGGCUGUCAAUGCAACUUAUGGCAUCACCUCGAGUGGGAUGACGAUUGACUCUUGGAUGAAGAGGGGUCUUGAUUACGAGGCAACAGGAGGUCUCGGUAUUUCUACUUACACCUUGACCUCGGGGCCAUCAUACCUACACACAAGUCAAUCUGGCACGGCGCAGUAUAAAUCCGUCACUGGUGGAAACUCAAGCUCUUGGGGUGACACCAGCAAUGUCUUCGAAGGUGAGAUGAAUGGGCGGUCAUACUAUCGAUCUGUUCAUGCAGUCAAUGGUACCGUUGUAUAUGACACCGACCCUGAUAGCAAGACCUCGGCUUCUUCUCCACAAGAUCAUAGGGAUACUGGGAGAGACAGUGUGAGGGCGAUACUUGGAAAGGGACCUGGAGCUCUUGUAAACUAG